GUCAGCAAGUGGUUCACAACACGUGUAUGCUCGGCAAGUAAAAAGAAAAGAGAGCGACAAAUAACGUUGCUGCGCGUGAAUAUUCGAAAAAGGAUUUUUUGAUAUUUUGUAAUAUAAGAAGUGACAGAAUAAUGCCCGACGGUCGAGGAAGCGCGAUACAUGGCGUAAUGCCACCGCACUAUCUACACGAGUUGCCGGCAGAAGAUGAGGAGAGGCUCGAAAAGAUAUUUCAGAAUUUAGAUCUGGACGGGAAAGGGAGAAUCGACGUAAAAGAUUUGUCUAAAGCGCUUCGUGAGGUUGGAGUCGACAAAUACUAUGCGGAGAGUUUCUUGGCUAGAUCGGAUAGCACUAAGAGCGGUGACAUUACGCUAGCGGAAUUUAUACACUAUGUUCGUGAACAUGAAAAAAACCUGCGUCUGCAAUUUUCUCAUCUUGACAAGAACAAGGAUGGUAAAAUCGAUCUGGAGGAGUUGAUAAAAGCGUUUGAAGAAUUGGGAAUAAAAAUGGAUUUCAACGAAGCAAAAAAAUUGUUGCAACGAAUGGAUAAAGAUGGAAGUCUCACAAUCAGUUUCAACGAAUGGCGAGAUUUCUUACUCUAUGCACCGAGCACUGAUCUUCUCGGUCUUAUCGAAUACUGGCAUCACACAAACUAUAUGGACAUUGGAGAGGAUAUCGGUGUCCCCGAGGAUUUCACAACUAGUGAAAUGGUCUCUGGAAUGUGGUGGCGACAUUUGGUGUCCGGUGGCGUAGCCGGUGCUGUGUCGCGCACGUGUACCGCGCCUUUGGAUCGUAUUAAGGUCUACUUACAGGUGCAUGGAACGCGACACUGCAAAAUCACAAGUUGCUUCAGGUACAUGCUCCGCGAGGGUGGUUCUACUAGUCUGUGGAGAGGAAAUGGCAUAAACGUACUUAAAAUCGGACCAGAAAGCGCGCUGAAGUUUAUGGCCUAUGAGCAAAUUAAGAGGGCGAUCAAAGGAGACGAUGUUAGAGAGCUCGGACUUUAUGAACGGUUAAUGGCGGGAUCUUUGGCCGGAGGAAUUAGUCAGUCUGCCAUAUAUCCAUUAGAGGUGCUCAAAACUAGAUUUGCACUUAGAAAAACAGGAGAGUUUUCGGGUUUAGUAGAUGCAACGAGGAAGAUAUAUAAACAAGGAGGUUUGAAAUCUUUCUAUAGAGGCUAUGUUCCUAAUUUAAUGGGUAUAAUUCCAUAUGCUGGUAUUGACCUGGCUGUUUAUGAAACUCUAAAGAACAGGUAUUUACGAACACAUGAUAAAAACGAACAACCACCUUUCUGGAUAUUAUUACUGUGUGGAACAGCUUCUAGUACAGCUGGUCAAGUGUGUUCAUAUCCAUUAGCACUAGUCAGAACACGGUUGCAAGCUAAUAUAUCACCAGAAAGACCUAAUACUAUGGUUGGUGUUUUUAAAGAUAUUAUUAAAAAUGAAGGAGUUCGUGGCUUAUACAGAGGUUUAACCCCCAAUUUCUUAAAGGUGGCACCAGCUGUAUCAAUUAGUUACAUAGUAUAUGAAAACGUUAGAGAACUUUUGGGUGUUAAUAUGACGUGAUGAUUAUUUAUUUUAGGUGAUAUUAAUUUAACUAAAUUAUUCUUUAAUUACAUAUUAAGAUAUACAAACCAGCCGAUCAGUGGCUAGUAUAAUAAGCAAUUUGGCAUACCCUGCCUUGUUAAAUGUAAUAUCGCUUAUUUAUUGCUAACUCGAAGCUUCCACAAUUAUUUAAGCAUUUACUAUUCUGUUUUUCAAAUGUAUCACUA